AUGCAUAUUUGUUGGUGCAAUGCUGCCUGUCAUCAUCAAGGUAGCAGUCAUAUCCGGAAACGGUGUGGGACAUGUCUUCGUUACUGCAAUUAUGUGUCUCUUCCUCUGGUUGCUGUUGCUGCGCUGCUGCACUUCCCAAUCGCGUGGCUGAUCCAACGGUUAUAUCGUAGAACGUCAUUUUCGGAGGCUUUGGAUGAGUACCGGAAGCAGAUCAAGUGCAAGCCAUUUCCAGGGCCUGAUGGAACCCAUCCUCGCAACCAGGGCUUGCAGGUUCUGACUUUGCGCGGCUUGUGGAUGCACUUUGAGAGCUUUAUUCUCGAGCGCAAUAUGCACUUUGUGGUUGCCAACAUAGUCAGGCCCCUAACUCAAAGCAAAGGAGUUUCCUUUGUAAGUCUUUGGGGUGGCAGGCAGGUGGAUUACUUUGUGUCCCAUUCCUGGGGCACGAGCUUUCCGCACUUCGUGUGUUCCAUCCAAUGCCAUGCGUUGUCCAAAGAGGGCCCCACUUCUUGGAUUGAUGCAGCAUAUUGGAUAUGUUCGGUUGCGAACAACCAGUGGAGAAUUGAAACUGCACUGGGAAGUGAUCCCAUGGAGAGCGCCUUUGCACUCGCCUUGACAGCGGGAAUCAAAGGAGUCGCAAUGGUCAUGGACCCGGAAGCGCAGCCUCUCACAAGAGUUUGGUGUCUGUUCGAAUUUUUCCUGUCCAGCCGUCAGCACUUGGACCUGGUCUUCGUCACCAAUGCUGGUGUGGUGGGUGAUGAUGGUUGCAGCUCCUUUGACGUUGCGUUGGAGAUGGGCAAGAAGAUAGAGUUGUUGCAGGUUGAAACGUGCGAGGCAUCUUCGCAGGAAGAUAAGAAAAACAUCUUCCAGUACAUCAUCUCGGAGUUGGGAAGCCUUGAGCGAAUGGAUGAGCAAAUCCGAAAGCUCAUGGCUGAGAUGUUGACGCAAAAUUUGACCAACAUGGAAAAGGCAACUGGAAGUCUUGUGGACCGUCUCGGCCAGGGCAGCGCAACAGAUGAUCGACCUGGAUUGUACGCAUCGGCUCGCCAUCAGGGACCCAGGCGGGAUGGCAUAGGAGCUGCUCACAACAGCAACUGCCGCGCUGGCCGGAGACUUGUGCUACCAGUGACAGAAAAGGUGCAGAGCCUUGCAGAUUUUGAUGUUGAUGCAGCAUUCAAACUGUACGGUGAGCACAGCCACAAAAAGCUUGACGAUAUGCCGCGUGACGCCAUGAUGCAGUUGCUCUUGGCGACGUUUUUCUUCGUCUUUUCCUUGGUGGCCUUUGCUGAGCUGCACGUCUGGAACAGGAGCACGUUCACUGGACUCAGACUCGAGAGCCCCUUGGCUGCUGCAAACUACCCAGACUGUGAAGUGAUUGGCUGGGCGGAGCUUUGUGAACGGAAAAAGAUGACGGCCGGGUCGUGCUUUCAACUCGAGCCCACUGUGGCAGCUCCUCCGUGCGAGCUGCAGGGGCCCCAUGGGGCACCCGCGCAGCUGCGCCCAGCAGCAGGGGAAAUUUUGACCUUGACCUCCGGGGAGCUGCGCAUCACCGGGCAAAUUCAGAUGACUUCGCUCCGCCUGCAAGCCAAGACUCUGAACUUUGCAGAUGCUAACGUGGAAGCGUGGCAUGAAGGUCCAUCGGAUCCAAACUCUACCGCAACUGGUGGAGGCUUCUUGACCAAAAAAGGCUUGCGAGUGUCCAACGGCUCAGUUGUCAGCCUUGAGAACGUGGCCGCCAGAAGACAUGGAGGAGGUUUCUUUGCCCUUGGAGAGGUUGAGAUAGCUGGGAACUCGACAGUCAACAUAUCCAACAGUCGUGCUGAAUCAGGAGAUGGGGGAGGCUGUUACAUUCACAAGGGCUUGAAUGUGUCCACUGGCUCAAGACUCGUCAUUUGGAAUGCAGAAGCUGGAAAUAACGGAGGAGGAUUCCUUGCGAAAAACAAGACGCUGAUCAACAGCGCCACAGUGAACAUCCAACAUACCACAGCCCAGCACGCUGGUGGAGGUUUCCUCGCAGUUGAGGUUGCGAUUGACGGGAUGUCAACUGUCAGAAUUUCCAAUUCAUCGGCAAAACAGGGCGGAGGAUUCCACACGGAUAGCUACGUGGAGGUGACCGAUGGCUCAUUUCUCAACCUUGAGAACGUGGCCGCCAGAAGCCAUGGAGGAGGUUUCUUUGCCCUUGGAGAGGUUGAGAUAGCUGGAAACUCGACAGUCAACAUAUCCAACAGUCGUGCUGAAUCAGGAGAUGGGGGAGGUUUUGAUGCUGAAAAGGGCUUGAAUGUGUCCACUGGCUCAAGACUCAUCAUUUGGAAUGCGGAAGCUGGACAGCAUGGAGGAGGUUGUUGUGCCCAAGGCAGGAUCGUGAUCAGCAGUUCCACCCUUAGCAUUCAAGAUGCCACAGCCCAGCAGCUUGGUGGAGGGUUGUAUGCAUAUGAUGAAAUUGUCAUUGACAGGAUGUCGAAUGUUAGCAUUUUCAGUUCAAUAGCAGAACAGGGUGGAGGCUUCCACACGAAUAGCUACGUGGAGGUGACCGACGGCUCAUUUCUCAACCUUGAGAACGUGGCCGCCAGAAGCCAUGGAGGAGCUUUUGUUUCCCUUGGAGAGGUUGAGAUAGCUGGGAACUCGACAGUCAACAUAUCCAGCAGUCGUGCUGAAUCAGGAGAUGGGGGAGGCUGUUACAGUCAAAAGGGCUUGAAUGUGUCCACUGGCUCAAGACUGACUAUUCGGAAUGCGGAAGCACAGGAUGGAGGAGGUUGUUAUGCCCAAGGCAGGAUCGUGAUCAGCAGUUCCACCCUUAGCAUUCAAGAUGCCACAGCCCAGCAGCUUGGUGGAGGGUUGUAUGCAUAUGAUGAAAUUGUCAUUGACAGGAUGUCAGAUGUUAGCAUUUUCAGUUCAAUAGCAGAACAGGGUGGAGGCUUCCACACGAAUAGCUACGUGGAGGUGACCGACGGCUCAUUUCUCAACCUUGAGAACGUGGCCGCCAGAAGCCAUGGAGGAGCUUUUGUUUCCCUUGGAGAGGUUGAGAUAGCUGGGAACUCGACAGUCAACAUAUCCAGCAGUCGUGCUGAAUCAGGACAUGGGGGGGGUUGUAAUGCCCAAGGCAGGAUCGUGAUCAGCAGUUCCACCCUUAGCAUUCAAGAUGCCACAGCCCAGCAGCUUGGUGGAGGGUUGUAUGCAUAUGAUGAAAUUGUCAUUGACAGGAUGUCAGAUGUUAGCAUUUUCAGUUCAAUAGCAGAACAGGGUGGAGGCUUCCACACGAAUAGCUACGUGGAGGUGACCGACGGCUCAUUUCUCAACCUUGAGAACGUGGCCGCCAGAAGCCAUGGAGGAGCUUUUGUUUCCCUUGGAGAGGUUGAGAUAGCUGGGAACUCGACAGCCAACAUAUCCAGCAGUCGUGCUGAAUCAGGAGAUGGGGGAGGCUGUUACAGUCAAAAGGGCUUGAAUGUGUCCACUGGCUCAAGACUGACUAUUCGGAAUGCGGAAGCACAGGAUGGAGGAGGUUGUUAUGCCCAAGGCAGGAUCGUGAUCAGCAGUUCCACCCUUAGCAUUCAAGAUGCCACAGCCCAGCAGCUUGGUGGAGGGUUGUAUGCAUAUGAUGAAAUUGUCAUUGACAGGAUGUCAAAUGUUAGCAUUUUCAGUUCAAUAGCAGAACAGGGUGGAGGCUUCCAGACGAAAGGGCGCCUACAGGUGACCGACGGCUCAUUUCUCAACCUCGAGAACGUGACCGCCAGAAGCCAUGGAGGAGCUUUUGUUUCCCUUGGAGAGGUUGAGAUAGCUGGGAACUCGACAGUCAACAUAUCCAACAGUCGUGCUGAAUCAGGAGAGGGGGGAGGCUGUUACAGUCAAAAGGGCUUGAAUGUGUCCACUGGCUCAAGACUGACUAUUCGGAAUGCGGAAGCACAGGAUGGAGGAGGUUGUUAUGCCCAAGGCAGGAUCGUGAUCAGCAGUUCCACCCUUAGCAUUCAAGAUGCCACAGCCCAGCAGAAUGGAGGAGGAUUCAUUGCAAAUGAUGAGAUUGUCAUUGACAGGAUGUCAAAUGUUAGCAUUUUCAGUGCAAGAGCAAAACAGGGUGGAGGCUUCCUAGCCAAUGAACACUUGCAUGUGUCCACUGGCUCAAGACUCAUCAUUCGGAAUGCGAAAGCUGGACAGUAUGGAGGAGGAUUCUACGUGCACGGUAGAACUUUGAUCAGCAGUUCCACUAUGAGCAUUUCAAGGUCAAGUUCAGGAAGGCAGGGUGGAGGCUUCCAGACGAAAGGGCGCCUACAGGUGACCAACGGCGCAUUUCUCAACCUUGAGGACGUGACCACCGGAAGCAUCGGAG